GUUGAAAUCACGAGCACGGAAACUCUUUAUAUUCCGGUGUUCAUGUUGCGUUCCUUGUUACUAAAUUACUCUUUUUAAAGUCUUGUAACGUCAACGAUAACAAAGACUCUAACUUUGGCCUGAAGGAUGACUUGGGAGGGGAGACUGCCUUUCCUAGGAUCCCUCUUCAUGUUUCUCUGCAUGUUGUCAUCUCUGUGUGACUCUCACCCUCACUCUGCUUGGCCCCUGAGUUCAAGGGCUGUGGCCGGGGCCGCAUCCAAUGAUACUGCAAGGAAAGUUGCAUAUAUAGCAGCAGAGGUAGCAGGCUAUGCUGAUGUGGUAAAACAGAUCAUUGACCUGGCCGUAUUCGGUGCUGCCCAGAAUCGGUCUUACAGACGGCUGGCCGACUUCACCGACACCAUAGGGAACCGUGUCAGUGGCUCACACAACCUAGACAUGGCUAUCAAAUACAUGUACAAUGCUAUGACACAGGAUGGGUUGGAUGUCCAUCUGGAGCCUGUCAAAAUCCCACACUGGGUGAGAGGGGAGGAGAGUGCAGAAAUGAUUGUGCCCAGGGUUAAAAAUCUGGCUAUACUGGGACUGGGUAGCAGUGUAGGAACACCACCUGAAGGUAUCAAGGCAGAAGUGUUAGUGGUUCAGUCUUUUAAGGAAUUGAAGCGAAGAGCCAGUGAUGCCGUAGGGAAGAUUGUUGUCUUUAACCAGCCAUUUGUCAGCUAUUCGGAGACGGUGGCUUAUCGUGCUUAUGGUGCCUCAGAGGCAGCUAAAGUGGGAGCUGUGGCCACACUCAUUCGAUCUGUCACUCCGUUCUCUAUUAACAGUCCCCACACAGGUUGGCAGGACUACCAGGAUGGAGUGAGGCGCAUCCCUACAGCCUGUAUCACUGUGGAGGAUGCUGAGCUGAUGUGGCGUUUGGGGCAGAGGGGGCAGAAGAUCGUGGUCAGACUCACCAUGGGAGCCAAGACUCUGCCGGACGCUGACUCUUUCAACACAGUGGCUGAGAUAACGGGGUGGCAGCACCCUGAGCAGGUCGUCUUACUGAGUGGUCACUUGGACAGUUGGGAUGUGGGCCAGGGCGCCAUGGAUGAUGGAGGUGGAGCAAUGAUUUCCUGGGAGGCCCUGUCACUCAUCAAGGACUUAGGUUUGCGUCCAAGGAGAACCCUGCGAACAGUGCUGUGGACAGCUGAAGAGCAGGGUGGAGUUGGAGCACAGCAGUACUACAAUCUACACAAGGUGAAUCUGUCCAACUUUGACCUCGUCAUGGAGUCUGACUUGGGAACUUUCACCCCAGAGGCUCUGCAGUUUACAGGCAGUGAUGUGGCACGACAGGUGAUGGAAGAAGUGGUCAAACUGUUGGCUCCCAUUAAUACAACCAAACUGGAAACACAUGGAGAAGGGACAGACAUCUCACCGUGGAUGCAGGCAGGAGUACCAGGUGCCAGCCUCCAUGUGGCAGACAGUCGAUACUUUUGGUUCCACCACAGUGAGGGUGAUACCAUGACCGUUCAGGACCCUCGAGACAUGAACCUCUGCUCGGCAUUGUGGGCCGUUGUUGCCUAUGUCGUGGCAGACCUGCAGGACAUGCUGCAUAGGUAGCCAGUUAGCGCGCAGUAUUCUUAGCCUGCAGAGGACAGGAGGACAGGAUGGUCACUCUGAAUUGCUGGUUGAUUCCAAAACACAAGGUAGAAUCCCACUUUUUAAAAAACAAUUGAGAUUGACUAGAGUUAAAUUUUCUCAGUCAGUUUCGGUUUACAAAUUUAAUGUGAAUUGAUUUUGGAUUAUAAAAGAUGAAAAAAAAUGUUUUCCUCUGUACUUGGUACAUGGUAUCAGUGUUGUAAAUUAAUUACAGUAUAUCCAGAUUUAAACCUGGGCUCAUUUUACAACAAAAUUAAAUGCAUACAUUAGUAAUGACUUAAAACAUGUUUCAUAUGAAGAGUUAUUAGAUUUGCAAAGUGUUGUAGCUGAGGACGGUGCCAUGAUUAUUUUGAAUCUACUACAGUCCAGUCAGAGUCCAGAUCAGGACCAAAGAAAGGGCAUGUGAGGUUUUAAUUACAAAACCAAGAGCAAAUUAAUAUCAAUGUGAUACUGCUAGUUAGUCAUUUUAGUGAUUUUCAGAAGAACAUUAUGCUUAGAAUAAGGGGAAAAUUGUAUUUUUUUUUUUAAGUGAGCUGAUUCUGUAGUGCUGGUUUAUCGUCUAAGACAAGACCAAGAGAAUGAAAGCUGUGUAUACGAUAAAAGACUUUCUCAGGUACUGUAUUUGUCUUAAUGCCUUAAUAUAGUGUGCUGCAAAAAGGAUGAAGACAAAGAAUUAUUUAUUGGUCUGUGAAAGUGUAGAAAUUACAAGGGUGAGAAAGUCAGAAAUUGCCCAACCCUGAGGGAGAGAGAGCAUUAUCAGUAAAGCUGGGCUACAGUCAGAUACAGCAAACAAACAACAAUGAAUGACUGAGCAUGUUGAGAAAUUGGGGAGGUGUUUACCAUGCUUCUGGUCAGUUUCCAGCGUUAUCUUAAGGACGAAACUCAUCUUUAAAAGUGAUAUUUUUUUUCAACUGUUUGUCACAAUAUUGUGGUCAAUAUUCAAAGUAUUAUAGUUCCUGCCUACAUUGUGUUUAAUUAAGUCUCAGCACAUUUUUUUCUCCUAAUGUCACUCUCAUGUAAUAUUCUGGAAAAUGUUAUACCAAAAAAUCCUUGCUGUGUUGUAAUAUCGUCAAUAAAGUAUGAAUCAUUGUUUUAUGCAGUCACUCCCAUCUGCUCAUAUGA